AUGUCUGCCAUGCUUAGAGCAAACGGGCUCGGCAGCUCCGCGGGCAAGGUUCGCCGCGUGCGCUCCUUUAGCCUCAGCAAUGGCUCGUCGAGCGACUCGUCGGAUUCCGAGAAUGCCGGCGCUCGCCUCUCCGUUGGCGGGCUGUCCGAUUCCCCUCCCCGUGUUCGAUUUUCUUCUAUCACUGAGGAGAUCGGCCGUAUGAGCAUCGCCUCGAGCAUCGCCUCGGGAAGCCCUGGCAAUGUCACCACUUCGUCCCCUUUCCAGAUUGGCAUGAAGCCCAGCGGAGAUGUCUUCGAGUCUCCCCGCAUGAAGACUCCUGCCAAACCCGUUCGGCAGUUCGCUGUCCCGGUCAUGAAUUCAUUCGACGAGAAUGAGAAUGAGGAGGUCAAGAUUCCCAACGUCGAGGCCGAGGAGCGCCGCCUGACGCGUUCCGUGACGACCCCCAACGCCAUGAUCGCGACGCCUGGCGAGCGCACCCUCCGCUCCUCGUCGUCUCGCCAUGAGAUCGGCGGCAUCGAUGCCCAAGGCAUCUAUCCCCCCAGCGCCUGUGUUUUUGUGGCCAAUCUUCCCGAAUCCAAGGAUGACCGGGCUCUCGAAGCCGCCGUCACUCGCGAGUUCAGCCGCUUCGGCACCGUCUUCGUCAAGAUUCGCCGUGAGAGCAAGGGCAACGUUGCCGGCAUGCCCUAUGCGUUCGCCCAAUACACCAACGAGGAGAACGCCAGGGUUGCAAUGGAGGAAGGUAGAGGCAUCCUGAUUCUCGGCCGCCCCUGCCGCACCGAAAUGGUCAAAGCCAACCGCACCUUCGUCAUUUAUAGUCGCCGCGGCGAAGAAGUCACCCCCGAUAUCGCCCGCGAAAUCCUCGAGCCUUACGGGGAGCUCAGCAAGUGCGAGAUGCUCAGCGUUCAGAUGCAGGAGGCCAUGAGCCUCCCGAGUGCUGUGUUGGUCGAAUUUGCCAAGUUUGAUCCCAAGCGUGAUCUCAACAUGGCUGUCCGCCAGCACGAUGGCUACCGCAUUGAUGCCUUUGAUGUCAAGAAGAGGAACUUGAUCUCGCGCAGUGACGCCGACGAAGAGUUUCUCCGCAAAUAUGACGUGGAUCGUCGCUCCGUUUUUGUCGGCAACCUUCCCGUCCACACCCAGAAGGAAGAGCUUGUCAGCCUCUUCUCCAACGUAGGCGACGUUAUCGGUGUCAACAUCAUCUCGCGUGUCAACUUCCACGGCCACGUCACUCGCGCCUUCGCAUUCGUCGAGUUUUCCAGGGCUGACACCCCGGACAUGGCGGUCAACAACUUCAGCGACACUACUUUCCGCGGCAACGUCAUCAAGGUUGAGCGGAAGAUGUUCAAGCACGUCGGCACUCCCCGCCGUGUCAAGUCCCAGGCCUUCUCCAUCAAGUCGUCCGCGACCCCCAAGACGCCGAAAGCCUCGACUGUCGCCCGGUCCCCCAAGGCUUCCGCUGGCCAGUUCUCGGGCAGGCAGGAGGAGACGCGGGCCCCUGCUACCCAACAGGGUUUCAACGACCCCACCGCCGGCUAUACUUUCGCUCCCUACGGCUAUCCGCAGCCGGCCCCCGCUGCCCCGCCUAGCGGUGUCACCGUAGUCGGAGCCAGUGGCCUCCCGGUCACGCCGUCCACCACCCCUUUCGCUCCGAACCCGUUCACCUACGCGGGUGGCUUCUGGCCGGGCAUGUCCAUCGCCCAGGACCCCAUCACAGGCCAGACUUUCUGGACCUACACCCCGCCGGUCGGCGGUGCCACCACCACCACCACCAACGCGCCGACCGAGUCUCCCACGCGCCCCACCGCCCAUGAGAACGCCUACUUCCACGGCGGCUUCUGA